AUGCUCAAGCAACUUGAAUGGCUCUGCAAUGCCUUCCAUACCUCAAGCACCCGGUUGCCUGUAUUCUCUGUUAGAGGGAUAAUCACAAGGGAGGAGUUCGACCAGCUGAGGGGGGAGCUCGAUGCUCAGGUGGAGGCCUUAAAGGCCAAAUGUGAGCAGAAAGACGAUUCGCUGAACGAUGGCGACUUGGGAGAAUCGCCUUUCACCUCGGACGUUUUGGAAGCACCAAUCCCUCCGAAGUUCAAAGCUCCUACCGUGAAGCCUUAUGACGGGACGAAGGACCCCAAAGACUAUGUUGAGGUCUUUGAAGGCCUCAUGGACUUCCAAGCGGCAUCAGACGCAAUCAAGUGCCGCGCCUUUCAGAUCGCGCUUACUGGCAGCGCGCGAUUGUGGUAYCGGAGAUUGCCAGYCAGGUCRAUCUCAACCUACUCUCAGCUGAGAAGGGAGUUCCUCGCCCAGUUUUCUUCUCGGCACUAUGACAAAAAGACAGCGACCCAYCUCGCCACCAUCAGGCAGAAGGAGGGUGAGACGCUGCGAGAAUAUGUCACCAGAUUCCAGGAGGAGCAGUUGAAGGUUGCACACUGCUCCGAUGACUCGGCCAUGUGCUAUUUCCUCACCGGUCUAGCCGACGAAGCCCUCACGGUGAAACUUGGAGAGGAGGCCCCGGCCACCUUCGCCGAGGUGCUUCAGAAGGCGAAAAAAGUCAUCGAUGGACAAGAGCUUCUCCGAACCAAAACCGGCCGACCGGAGCGAAAGAUCGGCCGGGGCAGAAGUGGGAAAGAUGUAGAAAGGGCAGAUCCCAAGUCCAAGGACAAGGGAUCCUUUUCCAGCGGCCGAGCUGAGUAUCGAAGGGCGGAGAACGGGCCUACCAGGAGCCGACCUUAUGAGCGCUUCACCCCGACCACGAUUCCAAUUUUCGAGAUCCUAACAAACAUCGAGGAAUCUGGGAUGGAAAAACUACUCAAGCGUCCUGAGAAGCUUCGGGGAGCCCCGGAGAGGCGCAGCAAGGACAAGUAUUGCCGCUUCCAUCGGGAGCACGGCCAUAACACGUCAGACUUCUGGGAGUUGAAGCGCCAAAUUGARGAUCUAAUUCAAGAUGGCUACUUCAAGAAAUUUGUGGGAAAGCCCAGGACCAGCUCAGCAGAGAAAAAGGAAGAGCGAAAGCGUUCAAGGACGCCGCCCCGGCGCACUGACCGACCUGCGGUCAUUAAUACCAUUUUUGGAGGGCCAAGCGGGGGUCAGCUCGGACAUAAAAGAAAGGAGUUAGCCCGUGCAGCCAGGCGCGAGCUAACAAGGAACCAGGAAAAUCGUUCUCAGUUAGGACUGAUUAUUGAUGAAAUUAUUGCCUUUUCGAAGAAUCUAAGAGAGUUGAGCUUUACCAAUUGUGGUAGAAGCUGUAAUCGAGCGGCACGUGAGGCGACGAAGCACGCGGUGGAGGAGAAUGCUGAAGGCGUAUAG